UGCGCUGCCUUUCGGCAGCUGGUUUCCGGGAGCGGCAGCGAUACUUGGCGAACGUGGAGUAGAAGCGCGGUGCCAGGCGGUCCCGAGCGUUUGUGUCAGCUUUUCCUUAACGAGAGUUUUUCUAAGAGCUGUUCUGGAGGGAAGGGCCGUGCUUCUGGUGCCGGGAGCUGGCUGGGUCGGGCGGGUUCUGCGGGAGAGCGAGCCCAAGGAGUGCAGCCGGGACGUGGGGCCGGAGCCCUGGGGCCGCCGCUCCGUGUUCAGGGCUUGUUUUGGAAAGGUGAUGCGUGGCAGCGGUCAUCGUCUUCGCUGCUUUGGGAGGAAGGAAGAGGAGUGAAGAUCGUUUCCUGAUAGCUGAGGCCGUUAUCGUGCUGCCUCUGCGAGGACGCGGAUCCCCGCAGGCAGCAGACUAAACACCGGGGCUGGCUGACGCCUCUCCUUGUUGGCUGGGGACACACGUGGGCACAGAAAGCUGCAACUCGUCAGGAUAUGACCUACUGGCUUCAGGAACUGCAGCAGAAGAGGUGGGAAUAUUGUAACAACCUCGAUGCAGCAAAGAGGGACAGUCGGACUUCUCCUACACCCAGUGACUUUUCCAAAGGUCUUGUUGCCAAAGACAAUCCUGAUACAAGUAUCCUAAGCCAAAAUGCUUCAGCAGAGAGAGCUAGAAAUAUUCUAGCUGUGGAGACUUCCCCUACAGACCUAGUUGGGGAGCAAGCAGCUUCCCAGCCUGCACCAGUCCAACCAAGUGCCAUCAAUUUCUCACUUAAACAAUGGAGCACCGAACUCAAAAAUUCCAUGUCCUCUUUAAGAAAAGGAAAUAACGAAAACCGCAAGAGCGUAUUUUAUACAAGUGAAGAGUGGGAGCUGCUGGAUCCAACCCCAAAAGACUUGGAGGACUCAAUGGCCCUGGAAGAAAAGAGGAAGCACCUGGCAGAAGGAAAUAGAGGACUGACUAGUUCAGCUUUCCCAUUUGAUUUUGGCCGCAUUCCACAAAAAACGAGACGCCCGUUAAAAGACAUGAUUGGAUCAAGCAGAAACCGGAACAGCAGCGACUCUUCUCCAACGGAGUGGUAUUCUGGUAACGGCAAUAAACUAGUCUCUGAGCUACAAUUGAAGUAUCAGAGCCAGCAAGAAGAGCUGGAAAAGCUGAAGAAAGAUCUUCUGAGCCAAAAGGAACUUGUGCGCCUUCUGCAGCAAACAGUCCGAUCUUCCCAGUAUGAUAAAUACUUUGCAAGCCGUCUUUGUGAAGGGGUUCCCAAAGACAAAUUAGAGCUGUUGCACCAAAAAGAUGACCAGAUUUUGGGUCUCAACAACCAGCUUGAAAAGUUAAAUUUGGAAAAGGAUAGUCUUCAGCAGGAAGUAAAGAAUCUGAAAUGCAAAGUUGGAGAACUCAAUGAGCAGCUGGGUAUGUUGAUGGAAACUAUUCAAGCUAAAGAUGAAGUGAUCAUGAAACUGUCUCGCCAACUCAGCGAAUGUGAGGACAAUUCAUCCUCCCCAAGUGGAUCAGUAAAUCCUCCUGUGGCCACUUGUAUUAAUAAGGAACUACAGGAACUGGACAGACUAAAAGACAGUCUUCAGGGUUAUAAGACCCAGAAUAAAUUUUUAAAUAAGGAGAUUUUGGAACUUUCAGCUCUACGAAGAAGUGCAGAAGCAAGAGAGAGAGAAUGGCAGGCAAAGUAUACUAGCUUGGAAGCCAAACUCUGUCAGAUAGAAAGUAAAUACUUGAUCUUGCUUCAAGAAGUGAAAACUCCUGUUUGCUCUGAGGAGCAGAGCCCCGCUCGUGAAGUUAUCACACAGUUACUAGAAGAUGCCUUGAAAGCAGAAACCAGUGAACAGCCAGAACAAGCGUUUUUCAAACCACACCUGGUCAGUGAAUAUGAUAUAUAUGGUUUCCAGACGGUCCCAGAGGAUGAUGAGGAAGAGAAACUAGUAGCAAAAUCUCGAGCUUUGGACCUGAGAUCUCUUUCUCUCAGUGAAAAUCGAGAGAUCUCCACGGGGGUAAAAUGGGAAAACUAUCUUGCAAGUACAAUGAAUAGAGAGAUGAUGCGCUGUGCAGAACUGAAGAAUCUUAUUCGAUCUGGAAUUCCACAUGAACAUCGUUCCAAGGUGUGGAAAUGGUGCGUCAAUCUUCACGUUAAAAAAUUCAAGGACAGCGCUGCUCCCGAGUACUUCCAAACCUUGCUUCAAAGUGCCCUAGAAAAACAAAAUCCCGCAUCUAAACAGAUUGAGCUGGAUCUCUUGAGAACUUUGCCAAACAACAAACAUUAUUCUUCUCCAACAUCCGAAGGGAUCCAGAAGCUGCGGAAUGUGCUGCUGGCAUUUUCAUGGAGAAAUCCUGAUAUAGGAUAUUGCCAAGGACUCAACAGAUUGGUAGCAAUUGCCCUUCUGUACUUGGAACAGGAGGAUGCUUUUUGGUGUCUGGUAACAAUAGUGGAAGUCUUUAUGCCUCGUGAUUAUUAUACUAAGACACUGCUGGGAUCUCAGGUUGAUCAGCGAGUGUUCAAGGAUUUAAUGAGCGAGAAACUUCCACGUCUGCAUGCUCAUUUUGAACAGUACAAAGUUGACUAUACUCUUAUAACUUUCAACUGGUUUCUCGUGGUAUUUGUGGACAGUGUGGUUAGCGACAUCCUUUUCAAAAUAUGGGACUCAUUCCUAUAUGAGGGACCAAAGGUAAUAUUCAGAUUUGCCCUGGCAUUUUUUAAGUGUAAAGAAGAAGAAAUCUUAAAAUUGCAAGACUCGAUGUCCAUUUUCAAGUACCUUCGAUAUUUCACACGUACCGUAGUCGAUGCUAGGAAACUGACUGGUAUCGCUUUUGGAGACCUGAAUCCUUUUCCAUUACGUCAGAUCAGGAACCGGAGGACCUAUCACCUGGAGAAAGUGCGUCUUGAACUAAAUGAACUUGAAGCCAUUCGUGAGGAUUUCCUGCGUGAACGAGAGACCUGCGUAGAAAAGAGAGACCUUAUUAGUGAUGAUGAGGAGGAUAGUUGAAACCACUCACCAUAGACUUUUCUUUGGGAUCGCGACCCAAGUGAGUUAACAUCCAGAACUCUUUGUUAAUCCCAUCAACCAGAAUGUAAACUAGUUGCUUUCGGAAAUAUGCAGGACAGAUUUCCAAGCCCCGGCACUUUCAGAAACGUGUUGUUUUAUGGAGGCCAAACACUUUUGUUUACGUUUAUGUUCGUGGAAUUGUAUGUAGGGCACUUAAUGUCUUUCUUCAUGUAGUCAAAUAGCUGAGUUGCUGAAGCUGUUGACUAUUGUUUUCCUGCAGCACACUCUUAGUUGUUUGUAUGUGAAACAAUACUAAGAAAAGUCUGCACAGUGUUUACUACGUUCAUGGCCGAGCUUCUGCAUUUGUUUGAUUGUAAUCCUGGUUUUUUUUAUAGCGCGAGUUCAGUGUGAGAAGACAUUUUUCAGUUUCAGGUUGGUUGAAUAAAUGACUUUCAAUGUUUUGUCCUUGGGCGGAAAAAAAAGCCCAUUUUUGGUCACAGCUAGAAAAGUAUGGCUUGAAGCACCAGAAGGACUUCUACAUUCCUUUAUCUUUUCCUGAAGUGAUGUGAAAUGGAUCAUCCAGCAGAAGACUUCAAGUACUUAAGUGUAAGAUAGGUCCCUAUUUGUCACUGAAUGUUCAAUGUAUACUGCAACAGUGAUAUCAAAUAUCAUUUAUGCUAUUCUGAGCAGGUGUGUUGCUGGAGAUUGAUGUUAUUACAAAAGGUUUAACAGAGCAAAUCCUGUUCAGUCAAUUUGAUUUCUACUCGCUUUUUUUUCUGGUUGUUAUCCCUCAAAAAAACAAGGCCACAACCAAAACCCAGCUAUUAGGGAAGAAGAACUGAGCUUGCUGCAGGAGUACUAUCUUUUAGUACUUUAUCAGUAUUUUGGUUCAUUGUUUUGAAUUUAAAUCAUUCUUUCAGUUUAGGUCUUAAAGCAGGACAGAGUCAUUCUUU